AACACAGGCUGGACUACCUAGUGAUCAAGAAUUUUAAUCGCGCUUUCUCCUCUUUUUCUUUACACCCAGUUUAAUAUUUGAGGUGUUUUGCCUUGUUGCAAUACUUGCGAGAUAAGAUGGGUAUUCCAGCAAUGAGUGCUGCGCAUGAGGCUGCGCCGGCGUAUGAGGACGUGGUCAAUGAGCAUCCUGUAAACCGCUAUUUGCCAUCUGGGUCGACUUCUGAUUACACAAUCGUCCCUCAAAACGACAAUGACGUCGACAUUGAACUCCAUGCACACCCCCAACAAAACAACAUCAACAACACACCUUUCUCCUCCACCGACUCUUCUUCCCAACAACCAACUUUUGCACAAACAAUCGCAAAUGUUCUGCGACCUACCCACACACACUGCGAAGUCUGCGACGGACAUGCCAUGACUGCUGCUAGGCAAAAGAGGGAGAAAGAAAAGUUCUGCUGUACCCUGGUCGCAGCCACGUUUAUGACACUAUUCAUCUGUGGCAUGUUGCUUGGCAUCGUCAUUGUGGAUGCUGCGGGGAAGCGGAGGGAGCAUCAUGGGAUGUGAUGGGGUCGCGAUGGGAGUGUGCGUUUAACGGGUAGCAGGGGUCUAUGUGUGUGUGCCUAUAUCAGCGGCCCGCCACGCCAUAGUGGUUGCCUAUAUGGAGUUUCGUUUCAAUUUUCGACAUAAGUGCGUCUUCGCUUUUCACCCUUGAUGGGAUGGUAGGGCUAUGGCAAUGUAU